GAGCCCCCCGCGCGCCCGAGCCCCCGCCCCCGCCCCCGCCCCCGCCCGGGAGGCUGGGCUGCGGGAAGCGCCCGGGCGCCCGCGCCUCGCCAGGGCCACCAAAACAAAGGCAGCAUCCGGGGCUGGGUGGAGGCGGAGGACCAUGACAGCCCGGGCUCGCGCGCUCGCCUGCCCCGCCGCCGCCGCCGCCGCGAGGGCUCCGCGGUGAGCCGAGCAGGGGCGCAGCCGCCGGGCGUGCGUCGGAAGGCGCGCCCGCGCCGAGCCCAGGCCAGCCGAGGGGCGGGCAGGCCGCGAAGAUGUCCUCGGCCGUGGGGCCCCGCGGUCCCCGCCCGCCCACCGUGCCUCCCCCGAUGCCCGAGCUGCCCGACCUGAGCCACCUGACCGAGGAGGAGAGGAACAUCAUCAUGGCAGUGAUGGACCGGCAGAAGGAGGAGGAGGAGAAGGAAGAGGCCAUGCUCAAGUGUGUGGUCAGGGACAUGGUGAAGCCUGCUGCCUGCAAAACCCCAAGAAAUGUUGAACACCAGCCCCACCAGCCUUCACCGAGAUUGCAUCAACAAUUCGAAAGCUAUAAGGAACAAGUGAGAAAAAUAGGGGAAGAAGCACGGCGUUACCAGGGUGAGCACAAAGACGAUGCUCCGACCUGCGGCAUCUGCCACAAGACCAAGUUCGCCGAUGGCUGCGGCCACCUGUGCUCCUACUGCAGCACCAAGUUCUGCGCGCGCUGCGGGGGCCGCGUGUCCCUGCGGUCCAACAACGUGAUGUGGGUAUGCAAUUUGUGUCGAAAGCAACAAGAAAUCUUAACCAAAUCUGGGGCGUGGUUCUUCGGAAGCGGCCCUCAGCAGCCAAGUCAGGAUGGAACGCUCAGCGAUACAGCUACAGGCGCUGGUUCUGAGGCCCCGAGAGAAAAGAAAUCCCGGCUGCAGGAGCGAUCUAGGUCUCAGACCCCCCUGAGCACAGCCGCUGCCUCUUCCCAGGACCAGGUUCCCCACGGCGUGCCGCCCGACAGGAGCAAGGGGGCCGAGCCCUUGCAGCAAGGCGGGAGGCCUGAGCAGAAGCAGGUUUCUUUCAGGUCCAGAAGUGAGCCUCCCAGAGACAGGAAGAAGACCCCGGGGCUCGCCGAGCAGAACGGCAAAGGCGCCCCGAAGGGCGAGCGGAAACGCGCGCCCAGGUCCCCUGCGCAGCCCGCGGAGGGGCCCACGGAAGAACGGGAGCGCAAGGAAAGGCGGGAAAGCCGAAGGCUCGAGAAAGGCCGGUCCCAGGACUACCCCGACGUGCCAGAGAAACGCGAGAACGGCCCGGCGGUGGAGGCCGAGAAGCAGAGGAAGGAGGAGGAGUACCAGACCCGGUACCGCAGCGACCCGAACCUGGCGCGGCACCCGGUCAAGCCGCCGCCCGAGGAGCAGCAGAUGCGCAUGCACGCGCGGGUGUCCCGCGCCAGGCACGAGCGGCGCCACAGCGACGUGGCCCUGCCGCGCACCGAGGCGGCAGCUGGGCCCGAGGGCAGGCCCGGCCCGCGCGCGCCCAACGCCGCCCGGGGCUCGCCGCCCGCCUCGCCGCGCGCCUACUCGGCCGAGAGGACCGCGGAGGCCCGGGCGCCGGGCGCCCAGCCGCUCGCCGAGCCCAGCCCGCCGGCGCCCCGGCCCGGCCCGGGCCCCGCCGACGCCCCGGAGCCCAGGGCCCCGGAGCCGCUCCGGAAGCAGAGCCGCCUGGACCCCGGCGCGGCCGUCCUCGUGCGCAAGGCCAAGCGCGAGAAGGUGGAGACCAUGCUGCGCAACGACUCGCUCAGCUCCGACCAGUCCGAGUCCGUGCGGCCGUCUCCGCCCAAGCCGCAUCGCGCCAAGAGGGGCGGCAAGCGGCGCCAGAUGUCGGUGAGCAGCUCGGAGGAGGAGGGCGUGUCCACGCCGGAGUACACGAGCUGCGAGGACGUGGAGCUGGAGAGCGAGAGCGUCAGCGAGAAGGGUGACUUGGAUUAUUACUGGCUGGAUCCCGCCACGUGGCAUAGCCGGGAAACAUCACCUAUUAGCUCACAUCCUGUAACGUGGCAGCCAUCUAAAGAGGGGGACCGAUUAAUUGGACGCGUUAUUCUUAACAAGAGAACAACGAUGCCCAAAGAAUCAGGUGCAUUACUGGGUCUGAAAGUUGUUGGAGGGAAAAUGACUGACUUAGGACGCCUCGGUGCCUUCAUCACCAAAGUAAAGAAGGGUAGCCUCGCAGAUGUAGUCGGACACUUGAGAGCAGGGGAUGAAGUUCUAGAAUGGAAUGGUAAACCCCUGCCGGGAGCUACAAAUGAAGAAGUUUACAACAUUAUUUUAGAAUCAAAAUCAGAACCUCAAGUUGAAAUUAUUGUUUCAAGGCCUAUUGGUGACAUUCCACGGAUUCCGGAGAGCUCCCAUCCUCCCCUGGAGUCCAGUUCUAGUUCCUUUGAAUCUCAGAAGAUGGAAAGGCCUUCCAUUUCUGUAAUUUCUCCAACAAGCCCUGGAGCUCUCAAAGAUGCACCACAAGUCUUACCAGGACAACUUUCUGUGAAGCUGUGGUAUGACAAAGUGGGCCAUCAGCUGAUUGUAAACGUUCUGCAAGCAACAGAUCUACCCCCAAGAGUAGAUGGGCGUCCCAGGAAUCCCUAUGUAAAAAUGUAUUUUCUUCCAGAUAGAAGUGAUAAGAGUAAAAGGCGAACCAAAACAGUAAAGAAAGUACUAGAACCAAAAUGGAACCAGACUUUUGUGUAUUCACAUGUGCAUCGUAGAGAUUUCAGAGAACGGAUGUUGGAAAUAACCGUGUGGGACCAGCCCAGGGUGCAAGAAGAGGAGAGUGAAUUCCUUGGAGAGAUCCUCAUAGAGUUGGAGACGGCGCUUCUAGAUGAUGAGCCGCAUUGGUAUAAACUUCAGACUCACGAUGAAUCCUCACUACCUCUGCCUCAGCCAUCACCCUUCAUGCCACGGCGACACGUCCAUGGGGAGAACGCCAGCAAAAAGCUGCAAAGGUCCCAGCGAAUCGGUGACAGUGACAUAUCAGACUAUGAGGUUGAUGAUGCCCUUGGAGUGGUUCCUCCAGGUUAUAGGUCUAGUGCUAGAGAAAGCAAACCUUCAACAUUAACUGUGCCAGAGCAGCAGAGAGCAACGCAUCACCGCUCACGGUCGGUGUCUCCUCAUCGUGGCGAUGAUCAGGGGAGGCCGCGUUCCCGUUUACCAAAUGUGCCAUUACAGAGGAGUUUAGAUGAAAUUCAUCCAACAAGAAGGUCACGUUCUCCAACCAGACACCACGAUGUGUCCUGCAGCCCAGUUGGUCACAGACCCGGAGAUGUGGACAGUCAGUGUCUAUCAGAACAAGACAGUGAGCUUCUCAUGCUUCCCAGAGCAAAACGAGGACGAAGUGCAGAAUGCCUACACACCACCAGUGACCUGCAGCCCUCCCUUGACAGGGCGAGGAGUGCUAGUACCAACUGCUUGAGACCAGAUGCUAGUUUGCAUUCACCAGAACGAGAAAGGGGUAGAUGGUCCCCCUCUCUAGAUAGGAGACGGCCUCCUAGCCCCAGGAUUCAAAUCCAGCAUGCAUCUCCGGAGAAUGACAGGCACUCCAGAAAGUCUGAAAGAUCUAGCACCCAAAAACAGACUAGGAAAGGCACUGCCUCUGAUGCAGAAAGGGUUCUCCCACCAUGUCUUUCUAGAAGGGGAUACGCAGCCCCGAGAGCGACUGAUCAGCUAGUCCUUAGGGGAAAACAUCCCGCUCGCUCCCGCUCGAGUGAGCACCCUAGUGUCAGAACACUGUGUUCUAUGCACCACGUUGCCCCCGGAGGGUCGGCGCCGCCUUCUCCGCUCCUGACAAGAGUGCACCGGCAGGCCAGCCCGACGCAGUCCCCGCCCGCAGACACAGCCUUUGGCAACCCUCGGGGCAGGCAGCUCCCACAGGCGCCAGUGAGGAGCGGCAGUGCAGAACAAGAACAAGAAAAAUAUAACUCAUCCACAAAAGCAAGCUUAGUAGUGGAGGAGCGAACGAGACAGAUGAAAAUGAAAGUGCAUCGAUUUAAGCAGACAACAGGGUCUGGUUCUAGUCGAGAACUUGAUCGCGAGCAAUACUCCAAGUAUAACGUACAUACAGAUCAGUACCGAAGCUGCGACAGCGUCUCCGCCAGAUCCUCAGACAGUGACGUCAGCGACGUGUCUGCCAUCUCCAGGACCAGCAGCACCAGCUUCCUGUCCGAGCAAUCUGAGCGGCCCCGGGGCAGGACCAGUUCAUUUACCCCUAAAAUGCAAGGCAGACGGAUGGGGACUUCAGGAAGAGCCAUCACCAAGAGCACAAGCGUGAGUGGAGAGAUGUACACACUGGAGCAUAAUGAUGGCAGUCAGUCGGACACGGCUGUGGGCACUGUUGGAACAGGUGGGAAGAAAAGGAGGUCCAGCCUGAGUGCCAAAGUGGUUGCCAUCGUGUCUCGAAGGAGUAGAAGCACAUCCCAGCUAAGCCAAACAGAGUCAGGCCACAAGAAGUUAAAAAGCACCAUCCAGAGAAGCACAGAGACGGGAAUGGCAGCCGAGAUGAGAAAGAUGGUGAGACAGCCGAGCCGGGAGUCUACGGAUGGCAGCAUCAACAGUUACAGCUCCGAGGGAAACUUAAUAUUUCCUGGAGUGAGACUAGGAGCGGAUAGUCAAUUCAGUGAUUUUCUCGACGGACUGGGACCAGCCCAGCUUGUUGGCCGCCAAACCCUCGCCACCCCUGCAAUGGGUGAUAUACAAAUUGGAAUGGAGGAUAAAAAGGGCCAAUUAGAAGUUGAAGUGAUUAGAGCACGAAGCCUCACGCAAAAGCCUGGUUCCAAAUCCACGCCUGCUCCAUACGUCAAAGUGUAUCUUUUGGAGAACGGGGCCUGCAUAGCCAAAAAGAAGACAAGAAUUGCACGAAAGACCCUUGACCCCUUGUAUCAACAGUCCCUGGUUUUUGACGAAAGUCCACAGGGUAAAGUCCUUCAGGUGAUUGUCUGGGGAGACUACGGCAGGAUGGACCACAAAUGCUUCAUGGGCGUGGCCCAGAUCUUGUUGGAGGAACUGGAUCUUUCCAGCAUGGUCAUCGGCUGGUACAAGCUGUUCCCCCCGUCAUCACUGGUUGAACCCACGCUCACCCCCCUGACCCGCCGGGCUUCCCAGUCAUCUCUGGAAAGUUCCACCGGGCCCCCCUGCAUCCGGUCCUAAUGAACUCACACCAGUAAGACUCUACCUUCAGGAUAAUAAUCUGAACCAGAUAUUUCAUGAUCGAAAGAAUGGUUGGAGACAGACAAUCAACUUGUGUUUUGCCGGUAGUCGUGUUUCAAUAAUAUGUCCCUAUCGUUGUUUAAAACCUGGCUUCACAUGACAGAACAAGGCAGUUGUCAAAUACAGGAAGUUAAUGUGCUAGUGAGAAUCACUGAUGCUUCUGACAAAUGAGAGAGGGGAAACUACAAAUUCACACACACACACACACACACACACACACACAUCCCAAAUUGAACUGGAAACUCUCACUCUGUGAAAAGCUGUAUUUUACCUGUUUUUUGCACAAACCGCAAGCAGUGAUAUUUCCCUGGGGUUGACAAGUUUUGUUUCUUUGUGUGUUGUUUGUUGAUUUCGGUUUCUUGAUUUGUUUUGUUUCGGUUUGGUUUUCACUGUAUUUGUUAUUUCCACUCGUUUUUGGCUGUGGCAUGACAGGCCUCGUGAUAUUUACAGAGACCCUUCCUUUCUUUUUCCAAAAGCACCAAAAAAAAAAGGGCUGAAGCAGUCUCUGUAGCAUCUCCGCAGAGUGUGUACAACAAGACAAGAUGAGGCCAAUGCAGGGUUUCACUCACUUUCGCUUUAUAAUCCUUCCAGGUCUUAUGGUCUUACCCAGAAAACAAAAAGUUAUCUUCCAAAAACAAAUAACCACAGAAUCACUUUUUUUGAGUGAAGCGCGUAUCUGUUUGCAUUCUAAAACAUUAAUUUAUGUUUUCCACUGUUUUGCAUGGAAUACUUUUACAGAACCGAGUCUGCAGCUAGUGCUGGGAACUAAACUGACAGCAUCAUGGUACCUUGGAAACACUCCUGGUAAUGCCUUUUCCUUCCUGACAUCCAAAAAAAAAAAAAAAGCAAAACAAGUAUACGCUCAUGUGUACAAACCAUAUGUUUGACUUCCCAAAAUGGUGACUAGAAAUGGAUUUGAGCCUCAGACACUUUGAGCAAUGCCCCAGCUCCUCAGCCAUGCCUCCGUGUAGACACACCACCUGUUCUGGAAAGAGCAAGGUGUGGGCUGUUAAUAUCCCACUGGAAAUUCCCGUCAAAAUAUUCUGCACUAAACUAAUGUUUUUUAUCCAAUUUUAAUUUACAUUUCUUUGAGAUUGAUGCAAGCACAAAGCUUGAUUUUUUUUACUGCAGAGUAUCUUACUUCUGGGGGGCGGGAAAUGAAACAAAGUCCAAUUUCAAUUUGCAUUUUCUUCAUCUGAGUUUUUCUCGGCCUUGAAUUCCCUUGUGACCUUCUGUAUAUGUGCUACCAACUGCAGGCUCUGCAGGUGCAUUGAGAUCUUCUCCCUCCUUUUAUGGGUCCCUCCACUUUUGUGAUUUCACAGAUAGAGCAGCAUGACUUGGAACUGUUCAAAGCUGCAUGCACGUUUUGUAAAAAAAAAAAAAAGAAAAAGAAAAAGAAAAUAAAGAAAGAGAAAGCAAAGAAAAGAAACAAAAGGUUAUUUAAUAAUGUAUGUUAGUUCCACAUAGGCCAGCUUGUAUGUUGCAUGUACUUGUACAGUUUGCUUGUUAAUUACUCUACUGAAAUAACCAAGAAAUCUAAGCCAUCCAUUUUUUGUUAUAGACAUUUUGCAGGUUUCAGCCAGACUCAGCCUGUGAGUCAGGGGUGAAAUGUCUAUAGAUGGACUUUAUUUUUUACCCUCUGGAAAACGUGAUGUAGUAUGGACCAAAUUCCUUCUAAUAAAUAUUUUGGUGUAGAUUCCUCCUGUGGGGCUGUAACACAUGUAGACACUGUGUACACAUAGAUUUUAAUCCAUAGACAUACUGCCUGCACCAAGUGAAUUAUUUAUUAUUUACACACGCCAGAACGACCUGCCCAUCGUUCCCAGGGCACAGAUUGACCACUGGUCACCAUGCUGAGCAGGAAGGACUGAAGCAUUGGUGUACUUCUACUAGAUUCCGUUCUGUCUUAGUGGCCAACAAUCAACUGAUUCUAAUUGGGUAGUAUCUUUCUAUUUUGACCACUUGUCUUAACACUCCCCUGUGCUUUUAAAUGAACUUCCAACUCAUGUAUGUAAACAUGUUUAAUAAAAUUUACUUUUCAUGUCA